AUGGAUGGUCACUGGGUUUCCACACGUCAAGUGUUAACCGCUGUUGUGAGGGAGAAAGUUUUGAUAUUAAAAAAAUUUUCUAGCAAAACUAGUAAAGUCCUUAGGCAGUUAAAGACUGUGGUUGAGACCCUCGCGACCCAGAGCAAGGCAUUGGAGACUCAAUUCACCCAGAUUGCACACAUCCCUCUGGGAUCCUUCCCUGAAGGACAUAUAAAUCCUGUAAUAACCAUAAGUGGAAAAAAAGUUGAAAAUGUUAGGGAGAAUGAUAAAGAUGUUGAGGAUAAUUCUAGUGAUAAAAAGGUAGAGAUUGAAGAAAAUCCACCAACACCACCCGAAAAUGAGGUUGUCGAAGAAGUAGAAAAGGAAACACCUUAUGUUGCUUCUCCUUCCUACAAGCCACCGAUUUCUUUCCCACAAAGAUUUAUGGAGGCUAACGUAAGGGCUCAACCCAAAAGUUAUGCGGAAAUAUUGGAAAAGACCCAUAUCAAUGUACCAUUGACUAAGGUCCUGUAUAAAAAGAGAAAAUUAGAGGAUCGUGAAACUGAGGAAAUUAUUGAUGUUAAGAGGGGAAUGUUGGUCUUUGAGGCGGAGGAUAAAGGAUUAAAGCCAAACUCAGACAACAGAUACUUAGGAUAG